UGGUCGCGCUUGUACCAUGCACGAAAGUUGCAUAAUAUGAGUUCGAACUAAACCUCUUUACCAUUACGGGCGCAUCUUUGAAAGGGAAGGUGUCAAAAGUAUAAACGGAUAAAAUCAUGGCUUUCACGAAAUUGGUUGUGUUUUCAACUUUCUUGUACAUUGUCAGCAGCUCAAACCCUGACAAAGGCUAUCUCUUGCUGAACGGCUCCCUCCCAACAAAAGGUUGCUACGAUUUGCCGAACAAUAAGCAAUGCCCGUCAAAUCUUAUCAACUACAAAGUCUUUGGAUCGGGUUAUUCCGACACCAUGUCAAAGCUUAGCCUGAAAUCAGUCGAACUUAUGAUGAUGUCCCUAAAAAACUUCAAGGAGGUAACGAAAGCCUGCGAAGACGCAGUCCGCGAGUACGCUUGCUCCAAUACUUUUGCGCGGUGCGUGAAGGACGACGGUCAAUCGCUCCUUGGCGCGACUGUAACAUUCAAUGUCACACGAACAGAACAAGCUUGCGCUAGGGUGAAGAAAUCAUGUCCGCUCUCCGUUCAAAUGGCAACCAUCAGUAACUGCACCAAAAUCGUAAGAAAUUUCAUGGAUUUCGCAUACUGCGUCGAGACUCCUAAUAUUCCAGGUGACAUAUGCCCAAAGUCAAACUAUAAGCACCCAAAGGUAAACGCUAACUUCUAUCAACUCCGUACGAGCAGUUUUAGCAACACGUUCACGAGACUUGCCUCUAUAACCUUUGGAACAUCUUCUAAAUGCAAGAAAAAUUUCGUUGACAUACAAUGUGAACUGAUACGUGGUCCCAUCUGUUCCAAAAACAUGAUGCUACGAAUGUUUACCACAACUCGACAGAAGUGCGAGACUACGAUGAAGAACUGCAUUCCAAUCUUACUGGCCAAUAUUCGGACCUAUUUCUUGGAAACGUGCAAGAUAUUCCCUGAUGGUACAGCUAAAAUGGUUCCAUUGCCUGGUUAUAAUACCGCCGGCAAUAAUUCACUGUAGUGUGAAAAACCAAUUUCUAUACCAUGAUAAACCGAUCUAAUUAACAGUAUGAUU